GUUUCCCAGAACUUCUAAAAGAGGGUCCAACAUGAAGCUUACUCCCAUCUGCUUACUGGUGAGCUUCGUGCUGCUGCAAUGUGUGGAGCACAGUGAAUCCUGCUUUGAGCCCUGCAAAGAAGGUGCCCGAAGGGAACAUCAUAGGGUAAUUCAUAGGGAAACUCAUAGGGAAUGUCACAAGGAACCUCAUAAACGAGGACCAGGACCCGUGAGGCCCCCUAGGAGACGUGUGACACUAAGACCCAGGCAUCGUGUCACUAGACGCAUUAUUCGACACAGGAGGAAGAUACACCAUAGGACCACCAGGAGCAUUCCAGUUCCUCCUCACGAGCAUACUACUCACAGAACUGAACAGACCAAUCCACCUUGCAACGAGAAAACUACACACAGAACGUGUACUAAACAUACCAAUCCACCUUGCACUGAGGAGACUUCAACUGCUAGCUCUAAGGCUUCCUCUGAACCGGCCAGCCGACCUUGCACUGACAGUACUACCAAUAGGAUUCCAAGAUCCGAAAAUACUACAGUAACUAACCCAACCUGCACUGAAGAAACUACUACUCCUUGCUCCGAGAAUACUACAGUAACUAACCCAACCUGCACUGAAGAAACUACUACUCCUUGCCCCGAGACCACUGCUGAACCGACCAAUUCACCUAGCAUAGACAAUUCUACUACUACAUCAACGACCACCGAGGAACCCUGUGGGUGUAAGUCGAGUCACCCACCUGGAUGGAAUCCUGGCGGUCCUAUACAAACGUUACCUCCAACGACCACCGAUGAACCCUGUGGAAGCAUCUCGAGUCACCCGCCAGGAUGGAAUCCCGGCGGUGCCAUACACACUUCAACUCCAAAGACCACCAAGGAACCCUGCGGCUGUGAGUCGAGUCACCCACCUGGGUGGAAUCCUAGCGGCCCUAUAAGUACCACCCCAUCAACGAAUACUCAAAGACCAUGCGGAAGUGGUGAAAAAAAUCCGCCAGGUAGGAAUCCUGGCGGUCCUAUAAUACCCAUACCCAAUAUUCCCGGGCACUUUGGACCCGGACCUGUUAUUCCUAGCAACGGAGAAAACGGAUUGGGACCCCAUUGCCCAGGAGGAAAGAAUCCCGGUGGUCCUUUAAUACCAGUUCCCAAAAUUCCUGGACCUUUCGAACCCGUUCCCACAUUUCCUGGACCCUUAGGUCCUGGUCCAGUCAUUCCCAUUAGAGGAGGAAGUGGAUGUGGCUGCCCCAAUGAAUGUCCACCCAAAGAGGAGCUUAGCGAGGAUCUUCGAAUACUACAGGACAAAAUUCAGCUACUGCUUGACGAAUGCCUCCGACAAAACCAAAGUUGUUAGAAGACUGUUGACUGGCCAAACGAUUUCUGAACCAAAAUUACUUUUAUAUUGUUGACUAAUAAAAUAAUUUGUUUUGCAUUUAA